GCUGGCAUUGUGGCUCCAUCACCAAAUCCAUGACCGCCACUUUGGCUGCCGUGCUCCGGGAGAAGGGCUUGCUGCCGUCAGAGGUGACUGUGGCCCAAGCCUUGACCUCAGAUUCCUUGCUGCGACAGCUUUCCGCAGAGAGUGGCUUUGCGCAUGUGACCUUGGACCAGCUGUUGACUCACCGGGGCGGUGCCUGGGAAGAACGCGACCCUGAAGUUUGGUCCUACGCCUGGCAGCUGGCCCUGGCCUCAGAGGCGGCUUCGUACCGCGAGCAGCGGCGCUUGUACAUCGCGCGGUUGUUGGAGCGGAUCGAACCAAGGGAGAUUGGCACCUGGGGGGGGGGCCUAUGUAGUGGUGCAACUGGUGGUGCGUAG